AUGAUGAUGGAUAAUACUGAAGGAGAGGAUGAUGAUGAAGAGGAUGAGGAUACACCACUUUAUAAAAAGAAAGCUGCCUUGCAAGGAUUGGAUUCGAGAGAAUUGGCUUGCCUGAGGUGGUUUGAAUUAUUGAAUGGAAAGCCACAACCUCAUCCCGAUGUAGAUGAUUACUUUAUUGAUAAGACAAAAUCAAAGGAAUUAAUUAUUCAUGACUUGUUGGAAAUUCAGCAACAAUCUCCUGCCUCUCCUCAUGUACUGCUUGCUGGUCCAUUCUAUGUACCAAGUGAGGAGGUGAAUUUCAAAACAAUGAUUGAACAACCUGUUUUAUUGAAAGGAAACAAGUCGUUAUAUUUCAAUUUUAAAAAGAAGAACAAAUCCGAGAGUACAAGUUGUUUUUUGCAUUUACAUGGAGGAGCCUAUAUUGUGGGAAAUGCCAGGACUUGUCACAUUUAUGAAAAGUUUUGUAAGAGGAAUGGAAUUAAUUUAUUAGGAUUGGAAUAUUCACUCUAUCCACAUGCACAAAUUGAAGAUAUUGUUGAGGAAGCAUUUCGUGCUUUUGAAUGGUUGGUUAAUGAAAAGAAAAUGGAUGAAAUUUACAUUAUUGGAGAAUCAUCUGGAGGUAAUUUGGGACUUUUACUUUGUGAAAAGAUUGCCAACUUGACAGGAGAGCAGGAAAUGAAUUACAAAUCCAUUUUGAAAGGAGCCAUUCUCUUCUCACCAUGGUUGGAUUUAACUCUGAAAGGAACUUCCUCAAUUAUGGAUCUCGAUCACCAAGAUAGAGCCAUCUCUAACAAAUUAAUUCGUACUUGGAAAUCCAAUGGAGUACCAUGUGGUUUAAACCAACAAGAAAGAGCUAGAAAUCUCUCUCCAUUCUAUUGGAGUCAAGAACGUGUCAAUCAAAUUGUAAACCAAACCAUUUCUAAGGGAAUAUUCAUUUCAUAUAGUGAGAGGGAAAGAUUUGUCGAUGAAAUUGAAUCAUUCAUCAACAAGCUCAACAAUAGUGGCGUAAAACUCUCCAAACAUGUAGAAAAAAUCCCAAUCCAUGCAUUCCACCUCAUUUCUGACAUUCUUCCACAACAUUUCAAGAGAUGCAUGACUGGUGUCUUGAAUUUUAUUCAAAAUUGA